GCUUUCAGUUGAAUGAAAGACCUCGGAGUUUAAACACGGGGAGUGCGUUCGGCGUUUCGUCGUCAGCUUCAUUUAGCGCGCGUUCCUUUCUUUCGCGAUUUUUUUCGCGCCGCAAAUCCAACGCAUGCGAGAAAGUCGAGGAAAAUCGGCGCGCGAGAUUUUGUAAGACCGAUUUUGGUGCUUCGACGUUGGAAAGGAGCAAACACAUCAGAUCGUGCGUCGAUCUGUUAUAUUGCGAAUGGAAGAACCACGUAUCUCCCGUACGUAGACGUCAAUUGUCCAGAUUGGGAGGAACUCGGAAGAGAGAAAUAUUAAUCGCCAGUGGUGAUUCUCUUCGAUCAAAUUAAAGAAGAAAAUAGGAUCAGCUGUCACAACAACACAGACGAGUUGGUCGCAAGUGCUUCUUUUCCGAAAAACAGGUGACCGCAUUUUUUUUCGAAGUCGAAUGAACGCGUAAACAGAAAAGAGCGCGUAAACACAGAUUGUGAUUCGAUAAGAUGCGAUGAGACGACGAUAGCGAGAGAGUUUUGCGAAGUUCAAAGUCACAACAUAUCGAUCGGCCAGAAUGGGGUCUGCAGUCUGGUUGCUGCUGACCGUGACAACCUUGGCGGGUGCAACAUUAGCUCUCGAAGGACCGAAUAUAUGCACGCGGCAAGAAACAUACAAGGUAACGGUGAAAGUGUCCGAACAGAAACCCUACACUGUGAGGGAGAACACGUGGUGCUUCAGUUUCCCUCCGAGAUGUUCCAAAUACAAAGUGGUCUACAGAACGGUCUACAGAGAACAGGAAUUGACAAAACAACGACCCGCGGAGGAAUGUUGCAAAGGCUACACGGAGACCACGAGUGGCGAUCGUUGCAUUCCAGUUUGUUCGGAGGAUUGUCGACACGGCACUUGCGUCGCGCCCGAUGUGUGCAAGUGCGAAACGGGAUACGGCGGACCUUUGUGCGACUUCAGGUGCCCGUUGGGUAAAUGGGGCAGAGAUUGCAAAAUGGAUUGCAAGUGUCAGAACGGAGCUACGUGCGAUCCGUUCGACGGCAAGUGUAUGUGCACGAGGGGUUGGACCGGCGUUUACUGCGACGAGAAGUGUCCUUCCAAUCGCUACGGGCAAGACUGCGCCGAGGAGUGUCGUUGCAGAAACGGCGGAAGCUGUCAUCACAUCUCCGGCGAGUGUCACUGCACCUCCGGCUACACCGGUCCGCUAUGCGACGAUUUGUGCCCGUUGGGUAAACACGGCGAGGAAUGUAAAUCCGAGUGUCGUUGUCAGAACGGCGGUAGCUGCAGCCCGGUAACCGGCAAGUGUUACUGCACACCCGGGUGGACGGGUUCGGUGUGCGCGAAUCGAUGCCCGGAGGGUUUCUGGGGCAGAAAUUGUUCGCUAAUCUGCGACUGCUACAACGGGGCCGGUUGCGAUCACAUCACGGGCGAGUGUCAGUGCAAACCGGGCUUUUACGGCAACAAAUGUUUGAACAUCUGUCCGGAAGGCACAUUUGGAUUGAAUUGCACAAACAAUUGCACCUGUGAAAACGGUGCCACCUGUGAUCACGUCAACGGUACCUGCACGUGCAGCCCAGGCUGGAUAGGCGACAUUUGUAGCCAACGUGCUUGCGAGAACGGCUUGUACGGUCCUGAUUGCGCAAAGGUUUGCGAAUGCGAGAACGACAACACGGAACUGUGUCAUCCUUGGAGCGGGCAGUGCUCGUGCAAGAUAGGAUGGGACGGCGAGACCUGUUCCAGACCGUGUCCGUUUUACACAUACGGCAAAGGCUGUCAGGAUCGUUGCAACUGCAAGAACAACGCGCAGUGCUCGCCUGUCAACGGCACUUGCAUCUGCGCCGCCGGAUACCGCGGGAAGGAUUGCGGCGAGCUGUGUCCCGAGAAUACCUUCGGGGAAGAUUGCGCGCAGAAGUGCGCCUGUCAGAACGGCGCUACUUGCUCGCCCGAGAACGGACGCUGCAACUGCACAGCUGGAUGGGUCGGUGUGCUGUGCGAUCGUCCGUGCGACGACAAGUCCUACGGCAAGGACUGCGAGGGCAAGUGCAAGUGCUUUAACAAUGCCGCCUGCAAUCCGCAAAAUGGCACGUGCACGUGUGCGGCUGGUUUCACCGGCACACUGUGUCAGGAUCGUUGUAAAAAUGGAUUCUUCGGAAACGGAUGCAAUCAGACGUGCGACUGCGUCGAGGAGAACACCGUGGACUGCGAUUCCGCUACUGGAUAUUGCAACUGCAAGCCAGAAUGGCGAGGAGUUCGAUGCGAAACGAAAUGCCCGGAAGGUCUUUACGGCGAGAAUUGUCGCUCGCAUUGCGAAUGCAUGAACAAUAGUUCGUGCGACCCGACGAACGGAAAUUGUGUCUGCGCCAGGGGUUGGGAAGGCUUCGAUUGUUCGCAACCCUGCAAGGAAGGAUGGUACGGGUUAAGAUGCAAAGAGAAAUGCCCGGAAAAAAUGAACGGAAACAUGUCGUGCGAUCACGUUACCGGCGAGUACGUCUGCCGACCGGGAUAUUUGGGUCUGACUUGCGAACAUCCGUGUCCUCCCAAUCGCUACGGAUUGAACUGCGCGAAUCAUUGCCACUGCAGAAAUGGCGGAGAGUGUCAUCAUGUAACAGGUGUGUGCCAGUGUCGACCCGGCUGGCAGGGCGAAUAUUGCCAAACACCUUGCGCGGAAGGCACGUACGGCGUGAAUUGCACGCAGCACUGCAAGUGUCAGAACAACGGAAAAUGCAGAUCCAACGACGGUCACUGCCGAUGCGCGCCGGGAUGGACCGGAACUAGAUGCACCGAGAUUUGUCCCGAGGGAUACUACGGCGAUCAUUGCAUGGAACCUUGCGAGUGCAAGAACGAAUUCUUCAUGUGUCAUCCGUCCGAGGGUUGUAUAUGCAGACAUGGCUACACAGGGGAAAACUGCGACGAGCAAUUAUUCUCUCGUAAUAUUCAAGAGAAGGAAGAAGGAGGAUACGGGCACAUUGUGGCGGUAAUAUUUGCGGCUAUCGUUGUGAUUUGCAUGUCAUUGGCCGCGUGGAUGUAUCACCGUCGCAGGGUGGCCGACCUCAAGAACGAGAUAGCUCAAGUGCAAUACACAGCCGAGCCGAUGUCUUCGCCAGAACGAAAUCAAUUCGACAAUCCGGUGUACGCGUAUCAAGGUUCCUCGAAAUUCGACGACGGCACCACCACUUUGCUUAACAACUUCCAGUUUCGAAAUAAUCUUCAUAAAAACAUAAACACGGAAAAGGCUAAAUUCGGUCUGUGCACCGACGAUGAAGACGAUUGCAAAGGAGCGUACCAAUACGACCUGAAGAAUAGGGACGCCGAUAUGGGAAAUCCGAACUUGAACGUGUAUCACAGCAUCGACGAAACUGACGGUAAAAAGGUCGAACAUGUUUACGACGAGAUCAAGCAGAACAACGGCGAAUCGGAAUACGAUGAGUUAAAUCAGCCGCGACCGGUGAGCUGGAACAUAAAACCACAGUCGAGUCGAAUGCUCAACGGCUUCUUGAGUAAAUCGCGUGACAAUCCGGGACCCAGUAAAGGAACAGAUAAGGAUCCAGAAUUAGGUGAAACGUAAAAAAAUGCAGCGCAACGUUCCUCAUCUUCAACUAUCCAGGUUUGAAAUAUUAUUGAACUUCAUUCAAUUUGUUGUAGAAAUUGUUUCCACCGUUUGCUUAUUAUAGACUGUUUCCUUAAGAUUGAGCAAGUCUGUGGUACUACUUUCAUUAUCGUUUAAAAACAGUUUUUCAUAUCCUUUUUUAUAUAAGUAAUACUAUAUAUAUAUAUAUAUAAGCGCAUUUAAAUUUGCCAAAAUUAUUUUAUAGGAAAUAUGUUGAAUAAUAUGGAAAAAAUCGAUUUGCGCACUUUUAUCAUGUUUUUCUGUGGCAAGAGUGUGUCAGUAUUAUUGUAACAACGAGAGAGAAAUAUCGCUUCUCAGAAACACAAAAAAAUCAUGUUGGAUGUUUAGAAAAUAUUUAAAGUAACAAAA